GAUGGAAUUCGUGGCCAUAGGGAGAAAGAAGUCCCAGUUCAUUCGUAAACUGCCCAUUAAUCGAAUUUAUCGUUUUGUUCCUUGUAAGCAAGCGAGGAUAUAAUCAGUGCAUGGAGUCAUGUUGGGUGUGGAAUGUUCAUCAACACCCUUUGCCUAGCAGUGCUUCUACUUUCUUUCCAUGUUGUUUCGCCCCAUCUUAUGCUCCGUUUGUAGAUAGAGAUAGAGGUUAGGUAUCUAUUGUGUUUAGCCUUGUUUUCCGUACAGAGCGGACUGUGUAAUGUUCGGGCUGUGCAAAACAUUCGUCAUCAUAGUGCAAGUAUUCAAAACAUUAAGGAAGGUGAAGUGCAGUGGUGCAGUUUUGAAAUGGCACUGAACUUUACAUUCGCUAUGUCUCAUACGUGUCUUUUGAUAUGUUGGGGUGGUUAAUUUUCGAGAAAUCUACUUGUAUGUGGUAGUAGUGCUGCGAGGAAGAUAUAUAUUUUCAACGAGUAAUUGUUUGUUAUUUUGCUUAUCCUUCACACUCAAGCUUCUAAGCUUAUUUUCCGAGAUUUCAAGGGCUAUGUCAGGGCUGAUGUCUGAAACUAGCGUGUCUCAUGAGGGUAAUGUGGCUUAGGUCCAACUUUCUCGCUCGCCGACAGAAUUAUCAAUUUGACAAUAUCGGGCUAUUCAUUGGCACAACACUAGAAUAGACCCAGGGUUAUACCAAUUCUACGAGGAUUAUUCAAGGGGAAUGUGUACACGAAAAACCGGUAUAAUCAAUACGCCUUUUUUGUUCUGGAUAAACCUGAUUGCAAACUGCUCGUGAAUUUAGGUAUAUUUGUGGUGGUUUGAGAUGGUUGUAAAAGUUGGCGCAACGGCUGUAUUAGAAUUGUUUCUCAUUAGGAAAUUGAACAGCAUACUGUCCGCUAUAUGUUAAGACUAAUUAAUCAUUCCUAUGUACAUAGAAAUGGGCGAUUAUUCGUCUUAGCAUGGAAGGAGAAUCGGAAGCUUUUUCUAGUGUGAAUGACCUUUUUGUCACAAAUUGUACCGAACAGCACUGUUGGGAGAUGGCUUACACUCUGAUUACAAAUUUGUUUUUUUUUCUUUCAGCUUUCCACAAUUUUUUUCCUGCACGAUUUUGGGGGGAGGUCAAAUAUUAAUUUCGCUUCUCUGCUGAGAUGAGAAAAAGCGUUUGGAUUACCUGUUUGAAUAUUCAUGGCCAAGUUUAAAUAUUCAACUACAAAAAAAAGUGCUGGCUAUCUCGCUGGCUGACUAGCUUUGCUGCUUCGGAGGGAGUCCAAUGGGGGAAUCCAAUCUUCGAUCACUGUAGAGUAGUAGAGUGAAAGUGGUCUGAAAACGAUCCGUGGUAACUCGAAUUAAUUGCUACAAUGAGCGAAGAGAUCAACAAACUAAUUGAACUAUUGUUUUCGUGAAAAUCUGCACAAUUUGCAUGUGUUGUUCAGGUGUCAGUCUGUCCAUGAUAAAAUGGCAAACCAAAUUUAACAAAAAAAAAAAAUUACGACAGCAAUCAAAAUGGUGCACAUCUCAAAAAGUGAUGUCAACUUGAACUUGCUGUAAAAACACUCUAUUAAAACAUUUAUUGCAAAUUUUAUAUUCUUUGAGAUACAUCAACAACAAACCGGUGGGUGUCUUCGUAGCCACAUUGGUUGCGCGUCCAUCGAUUCAUCCAUUGGAAUAACAUUUCGUCAAGCACUGCAUUGAUUGUUUAGGAGCUUUCUAUCAAAAAAACAAAGUUUGAUCAAAAUACGAUAUUCCUCUUUUUCCAUUUCCCAUACGAAUGCUCAGAUAGUGACACUUAAACAACUGUAGUUUGUGAACAAAUAAACGAGAUGUCAUGAAAAUUCACACAUAAGCUAGGAAAGACAAUUCCUGCUGCGAGAAUUACGUGAAAAUAUUUUAGAGAAAAAUGUCAAUUUUUAAUUUUUGCUUUGCUGCAUAUUAUGCACAUUAGAGUGCCAAUGAAUGUAUGGGGAAAAAGUGACGUUCGAAUUUUCGAAAGGGACUGUUUUUAAUUACCGCGAAAAAUUACCCUAUAUAAAAUUUCAGCUCAUUCGGACUUUAUUCACUAGUGUCGCAUAUAGAGAUGUCUACAUUUUUCGUUUAUUCGAUUAUCGAUUAAUCGUGGGGCAAUUUUCAAAUAUUCGGUUCAUUCGAAUAACUGUCUUUCAAUAUUCGAUUUCUAUUCUAAAUUACCUGUUCUUAAAAAUGUUGUUGAAAUAGCAUAUUGGUUUGAAAAUUCCUGCUUGGUUCCUAUAACUACUAUAAAAGAAAUAUAUUUAUAGAAUCAUUGACCACUAAUAGGGUAUAUUUUGCUUGACACUCUGAAUUUGAAUACAACCACUUUAGAGGGAGCUUAGACCACCUCUUUGAAUUCCGUCUUUACUCCUGCAGACGCUGAAUUCUUCUUCCCAGUCUCCUCCACCAUCAGGGAACUGUUUUUAUACUUCAGUCGUAAAUGGUUUGGCAUAUUCGAUGAAUUACGACAAAACACCAUGAUAAUUGUACAAGUUUUACACUUUAUUUAAAAAAAAAAUAGUUUCCUUUUUCAUUAAUCGCGAUUACUUGAUAAUUAUUUGAUGUAUUCAUUUUUUUAUUUUUCAUUAUUCGAUACAAAAUUACUCGAUUAAAAUUGCAGAUAUUCGAUUAUUUGAAUUAAUCGAACGAUUAACCGACGUCUCUAGUCGCAUAGUCGUCAAAGUUUAAAUCUUUUGAAACCCGUACAAUCAACCAAGGGAUAUUAUCAAAAAUCGAAUUUCGGAGUUAAGAUGAUGAAAAAAGGAAGACUCAAACUUCAGCGUCUUUGCGACAAUAGUAAAUAAAGUCCGAUUGAGCUGAAAUGUUGUAUAGUAUAUUUUUUCUAGGUAAUCAACAUUUUUCAAGAAUUUCUAUUCGUAAAUUUGAGAUGACCAUUUCAAUUGGCCCUCUAAUGUACAUCUUUAAUCAUGAGUUUUUUUUUAAAGAAUUAAGAUGUUCGACAUAAUCAAUUAAAGCCAAUUAGUGCAAUACUACAGUUGCAGAAAAUUUGAAUUAUGUUUUCGUUAUUAUUGAUUGUAUUUGUUUUUUAUAGUUUUCAUGGUCUCGGGAUCGAAGGCGCUAUUUUUUUAAAUAUUUUUUCUGGAAAGCUGAGGAUUUUUCACAUAACAUAUCUCGAAACCAGGGAGGCGUUUUGUUUCGUUUUUAAGUUAUGAUUUUUUAAAGUUAACCGAUGGCCCGAUAAAUCUUUUUUUUUUGUCAUUUUUUCCACCACAAAAAAUCACAACUUUUGAUCUACUGGACCGAUUCAGAUGAUCGACAUAUCAAAUUAAAGCCAAUGAGCUAGUCUUGUUUGAAAAAAAAAAUAUUACACUUUGAAUAAACAUGGAUUUUGUUUUUAUAAUUAAUGAUUAUAUUUGUUUUUUCCGAAUACCAGAGAGGUCGUUUUUAAGUUAUGAUUUUUCAAAGUUAACAUGUUUUCAGUUUUCGUUCAAUAUUUCUAUGCGACUAGACUGUAAUAAUUGGCAAGUGUGUUAUUCCAGUCUAGUCGAAUUGGUUCACAAGUUAUCAUUUUUGGAAAAAAGGGAAAAAAGUCGAUAUUUCGGAUCACUCUAAAAUGAAAAUGGGCACCCUAACAAAAAAAUAAAAAAAUACGGGUCUAAUAGUUUGCGAUAAUGAACGAAACUACCACUUUUUAUGAAAAUCUGAGAACCACUAUAUCGGUUUGACAUGGAAUGGCUGUGUAUAUAAGAUCGGCAUUUCAGUUUCAGGGCUCUAGACAGCGAGCAAUCAAUAGCACAUGUGAAUGCUUAGAAUUAAUUUGACAGUCUACUCAAAUUGCUUCGUGAAAUGCAUUGCUAUGCAUUGCGUGCAUUGCUAUCAAAUAUUUGUAUCAAAGAGUUUUAUCAUUAAGUUUCUUUAAUGUUCGUUCUUGUCGGCAAUAAUUUCGUAGUUCUAUGUUAGCAAUGCGGUCGCGUCUUGGUCAUCAUCCUUCUUCAUUUUUUUUGCGGCGACGCCAUGACUAACACGUGUUUGUGGCCCCUAUAAAAAAAUUAUAGGAGGUUGUGUCCAAGACACGACCGCAUUGUUGACGUAGAACUACGCUGUGGUUUAAUUCAAGUCGCUUGUUUAUAACUGCGGAUAUUACUUUAUAAUGCAACGAAAAUUUUGAAAUAACCAUUCUACCAGUUUGGUCGCUCUGAAAUGUUUUUUUUAAUUGUAGAAUCAUUUGAUGAUAAUUGUUUGAUGAUUCAUUCUUGUGCUCGCAGAACAAUACUUUGCUCGAGAUAAGCGUAGUUGUCAUCCUUAGUGGAGAUUGUUUUGCUACUGGCAAGCGAAACCAAAUCACAUACAAAAUUCCAGAACGGCAUUUACUUUCUUGGUGACUAAAUAAACGAAAUAAACUCUAUCUGUUAAUCUCAACAACCUUGAAAAGAGUAGCACUGCUUCAUUAUGAUCAAGAUUAGCACAAAUGCAAUCCUAGUUGAAAGCAUUUUUGCGACUGGCACGCGAGCCCAAAUAAAUUAAUAACUUAAUAUAACUUAUUGAAUAAUAUGUUAUUCCCCAAAAAAAAAAUUUUGGUGCACAACCUUAACACCUGCUUCACCAUAGCGUCAGUUCAAUGCAUUGAUGACAGAAAACAAACAAUGUUAACUGCUUGGAAAAAGGCUGAAUAUUUGCCUCAGCAGAGAUUCAUUACUAAUACCCUAGCGUAAAUAUUUCCCUCCCAUAGCAAAAAAAUAUGCGUUUGUUGCAUCGUUACAGGGCCAAUGCACACGGGAGCAAAUGGGGUUUCAGCGUAGCGAAGAUGAACUAUUUUUACGUAUGGGUUAUGAAGUACGCACGUACGCACACAAAUAUCCAUACAUCGAUGGGUUGAAGCAACUAAAUAUACACACACUUAUCUCCGUUCUGCGCUCUGCUCAACAGAAGCCCUUUCUGUUAAUAUUGCCAGUCUACAUAAGCUUAGCUAUCAUCCUUUGUGGAGAGAGUUUUCCUACCGUCAUGCGAAACCAAAUCACUGACAAAAUUCCAGAACAUUUAUUUUCUUGGUGAGCUGACGAUAGCCUAGCUUGAUGAUUCCCCACACAAUUGUGUAGCUCAGAACUUUAAUGCAAUGGCGUCAGUUUGAUGCAAUGAUUGCAAUGCUAGAGACAUCAGCGAGUGAGUAAUUUGGUCGCGUCCACAGCUCAAUCCGAAACGAAGACAUGUGAUGACGCAAAACAAGGAAAAACAAGCGGUUGUCAUUGCUUUGAAUACAGAACGAUACUGAAAGUUUGCCUUCCUUCCUUGCUUGAGACUUUAAACUUCUUCAGUUCAUUCGUCUCUAACGUUCAAAAAGGCCCUUGAAAGCUUUACUUUAUCCAUCAUAUUACUCCUCCACCCCCUUUGCCUUGAGAAAGGCAUUCGGUCCCUCGCCGUCCAGCUCGCUCAGCAACGAUGUUGUUCAGUCGAUUUCCUCACGAAGAAUGAAAGUUUGCCUCAGUGAGAUCCACUGUUUAUACUCUAGGCAAAUAUUCCCCUUCGUUCUUCUUGUUAUCCUUUGUUCGCUUCACAUCUUACGAUUUUCCCUUCGUUGCUCGUCGAUAAGUUGCUCGUUCUUGACAGCUCUGUUCGGGAAAGCACACAAAUGGACCAAACAAAUGUAUGAGGAAAUGGGAAUGCUUCCAAUUUUCAUCAAUUUAAACCAUAUACAGACUAUGGAAUUGUAAUGUAGCAUAUCAAACAAAUCUCAGAGAAUUUCCGAUUCGUUUGGUAUAAAAUUGUCAAAAUCCGUUCGCGGCAAAAAUAGUUAUUAACGUUAAUUUUAUUUCAUAAAAACGUGACCUGUUUUAUGAUUUGGCACCCUUAAUGAAAGACGUAGUUCUACGUCUAAAGGUUGAGUACCGCUGCUCUAGAUGGUCUAAAAAAUUCUGAACAAUCAGUCCGAAUUGUACCAAUGUCUCCAAACGUCCCGGUUUGGGGCGGGUGAUUGUUGCACUCUUUCCAUCAAUACUCGUAUCGACUGUUCAGGUCAGCUAUUUAAUGUACGUAGAGUCUUUAUAACCUGUGAUACGCUCGUAGAUAAGAGUAAACGAUUCUCACCGAUUCCAGGGUGUGUUCUUUCAGACACCGUUAUAGUCGGAUUAAAUUAUCCGUGUUCGAAAAUUCGCAUGCUAGAGUCGAUUGUUCAAAUCAUGCAAUGAACACCGGUCAUUCUUCGGGGUUUUCGAUGUAUAUAUGUAAAUCCUUUCAGGUUAAGAAUUACCUAAACAUGUUUUUCGCCAAAGAAAUUAAUUCCGAAUUGCACAGAUACAUGUGUAUUAGGGCGGCAGCGAAAAUGGUUAUGUCAAAUUUCAAGAACCGACAUUUUACGAAAAUCUCCCAAGGAGUAAAGCAAAUUUAGAAAAUCGAAUUUUUAUUUCGAUGCCAAAUGACUUAGAAAUGCAUAAAACGUCGAGAUCUGGUGUUAUAUCGAAAAAAAAUUUUGGCCGAAAAUCGACUUUUUGGGACUUAGCCUGAGUGGCCAAAAAAUCAAAACUUUGAGUGCUUUAAGGCACCCCUAAAUCAUGUCCGAUUUAGUUGAAAUUUUGCACAGAUCAUUUUUUUUUUGGCCAAUAAACAAAAUGUACAUGGUCGGUUCUUCAAAUUCGAUAAUUAUUUUUUCCAUACCUUCAUUGCCUCUCAGGCUAAGUCCCAAAAAGUCGAUUUUCUAUUUUCAAAAUUUCGAUUUUUUCGAGAUAACACCAGAUCUCGACGUAUCAUGCAUUUUUAAGUGAUCUGGCAUUGAUAAAAAAUCGAUUUUCCAAAUUUCCUUCACUCCCCCCUUGGAAGAUUUUCGAGGAUUAAAAAAUCAAAACUUUGAACGUUUUGAGGCACCCCCAAAUCAUGUCCGAUUGAGCUGAAACUAUGCGAAGAUAAUUUUUUGGGCCAAUAAACAAAAUGUACAUGGUCGGUUUUUGAAAUUCGAUGAUGGAAUUUUUUCCAACAUCCAUUGCCACCCUAAUGCGUAUCCUGUUAUUUGAUGUUAAUUGGAAUAGAAAUUUCAUCUCGAAAAGAAAAGUAUUCCUCGAGACGGCGAAGUUCCUCUAGUGCAUCGAUGGAAGACGGAAUGCAUUUUACCUCUACAGUGCAAUAAAUGAUAGCCGAAAAUGUCUGUCGCAGAAAUUGUAUUCCGCGAAGGCAACGCGUAUGUCUAACUAUAUUAUUGAUCGUCCAACUAGUAUGCAUAUCUAUUUUUAACUACGGUUCUAUGGGGAAUAUUGUAUAUUUCUCUGAACUUUGAGUGGAUAAUUUUGGUUGCUAUCGUGUCAGUGUCAUUAUUGUUACCAAACGGUAGUAGCCAUGGUGCGCCGGGAGAAGCGUAAAUGAUGAGCUGCAGUCCCCAACCGGUGUUUGAAACGUGGUCAUUCACAGUGAUUACACAUGCUUGCUUCUUCAUGUUUGCACAAACGUUAAGCAAUCCUACGCCACCGGCUCUGCUAGCGUAAUUAUUAGAUAUAUGUGACAGAGGAAGAGAUGGCUUCGUCAUCAGCAGAGGAUACGAACCAGCUCCAGGACUGGGAAUACAUCAAACAAGGGAUUGCACUCUGGCUCAACAAUCAGCCGAAAGCCGCCGAAGAGUGCUUCAAAAAUCGGCAGUCCAGUAUACACAUUGUGGCGGGUCAUACUUUCAUCGCUUUUAUGAAUGCCGUCAUUUCGUGGGAAACAGAAAAGAUGAAUGAAGCACAAAAUAUGCUGCGAGAGUUGGAGAAAAUGUGCGCCGGUGACAUUGGAUGGCUGAAGAGUAUGCGAACGAAGCUGUUUGGAGCGGAUGAACCGCGGAAAUCGCUCGCCGAUGCAUUGGAAGAGCAGAUAAUUUUGGCAGAUACUCAACUUUGUCUAGCGAUUCUGGUGUCCUUGAGCCAAGAUAUUGGCGGUUUCGUCAAGGGUGGAUGGCUUUUGCGGAAAGCGUGGAAGGUGUACCAGCAUACAUACAGUCAGAUUUAUCAGAUGUACAAUAAGACGAUGUCUUGCGAUGGUCGUCUGCAGGCGCCGUUGAGACAUAAUCUUCAGAACGCAACAUUGGACCUGGGAACACCAUCUUCGGUUGAUUGGACAGUGCCCAACUCUUCGCUUCAAUCGCCGGAUGUUAUUGAUUAUAGAAGCAUUCGGCUCGAUGUUUGCCACUCGUCUACAGAUGAUCUGAAACGAGAUAUGUGCAAAUCACGCACACUUUUCUUUGCUCAAGCAUCGGUAUGUUCGGAAAAGAACGAAGGCUCAACUAUUGAUCGAAGCGAGAUGCCGAAUGUUGAAGAAAACAGCAGCACUAGUACCUCAACCGGUAGUUGUGGUAGUGUUAAAAAAAGCCUUACAACAAAUUUUGAAGGAAUUGACUUAACAAUGUGUUCCAGCGACAGUGCCUCGAUUGCUUCCAGCAAUGAUCCUAUUAUGGAACGAAAUACGACGGAAACGGCUUUGGUUGGAGCCAAUACGAAACGAGAUCAGCUAAAGUUGGAUAUUGAGGGAUUUAACAAGAAACUACACUCUCGUAAUGGCUGGAAGGAGUUAAAAUCAAGAAUUCCCCCAGAACCAUCAAGUCAGGAUGUAACCUGCGGCACUAAUGAGGAGAGCAAAAUAAGCCCGGAGGAUAUAAGCCGACUAAUGGGAGCGGUCAGUUUUGGUUAUGGUGUCUUCCAGCUCAGUAUUUCGCUCUUACCUCCAAGUUUGCUGAAACUCAUUAGUUUCUUGGGAUUCGAAGGAGAUCGCAAAAUGGGGAUUGCCUGCCUGAUGCAUUCGAAAGCUAGCACUGAUAUGAGAGCACCACUUUCAACGCUGGCACUGCUUUGGUAUUUCACAAUUGUCACACCGUUUUUUGCAGUGGAUGGUUCGAACUUAAAUUUCGAGAUUCACUCCGCGCAGGAGUUGAUAGACGAAACAAGCGAGCAAUUUUCAAAAUCGUCACUGUUUUUGUUUUUCAGAGGACGCGUUGAAAGAUUGAAGUCCAACAUCAAGGAAGCUAUUCAGGCCUAUGAGAUCGCAUAUCGAUCCUCAGUUCAGCGAGAGAUUAGAUUGCUUUGUUUGCAUGAGAUUGGAUGGUGUCGACUUAUUCAACUGGAUUAUGGGACAGCCAUGAACAAUUUCAAAGAAUUGCGGCGCUGCAGUCAGUUCUCCAAAAGCUUUUACGCGUACUUGACGGUGAUCUGCCAGGGCUCCCAUGGAUAUUUCAGCGAGCUAAUAAAGUGGCGCCUAGAAAUAGCGGAUCUCGUUGGCAGAUCAAGUCAGAAAGAGAGUCAAAUCGAGAAGUAUAUUUUCCGAAGGUGCCUGAAACUACCAAGAACAGAUACUGAAAAGGAAAAGUAUAACUGUAUCUACUGGAAACUGUUGGCUUAUGAGAUGCUUUUCAUGUGGAAUGCGUUGAACAGCUGCAGCGAAGCUACAUUAACCACUAUUAUAGAGGACUGCAAUGUACCACCGGAUGAACUGAUUGAACCAUCUGUCGGCUUGAGUUACUUGAUUCUGGGAGCUUGUUUGGUAUGCUUGAAGCGGUUCGACGAAGCCAUUGAUUCAUAUCGGAAAUGUAUCGCGAUGCGAGAAGACGAGCUUCAGCAGGAUGUUCACAUUUCUGCUUUUGCAAACUACGAACUAGCAAUGUUGCUACUGAAACAGCAACGAACCGAAGCAACAUCGGAAGCAAAACAACUGCUUCUUCAGGUUCAACAAAGCUACCGGAAUUUCGAUUUCGAUAACCGAAUUAACGUCCGAAUCCAUUCGAUGAUGAAAAAAUUGAACUGAGAUCAGAUAAUUAUACUGUACUUUUCAUUCGCUGGAAGAAUGAUUUUUGAGACGUUUCUGUUUUUUAUAUCACGAGUAGAAAAUUGUGGUACGUUUUUGAUCGAAAUGCUAUCAAAAACAUAAAAGCUGGAGAACAAUUAAAAACUCUUUGUGGGUUUUUAUUUAAAUCCAUUACUUUAUUUGAUUAUGAUCAAUACUAGAAUCUUCUCGAAAAACAGUUUAAAUGAGUUUAGUAUGAAUAACGUUCUCAAAAUACAAAAGAAAACUAAUGACAGUCGGAAGAGCCCUACGCAAUGCUUUAUUUUUACAUUUUUGUAGCUGAAAUUUUUACUAGUGUAAAAGCACAAACUUAAAUUAAGUCCUUUUUUCUAUUAGGAAAUAUCGUAUAAGAGUAUACAUUUAAUACUGUAUUAAUAGGUUCCCCUAAAAUUCCAUGUGAAGUACAAUGUUAGUCUACGAUUAAAACUCAUUCAUAUAAUUCAAAUGCAAUUAGUACGAACACAUGCGCUUGAUUUUUUUUCGAAGAAGUAUUCAACACGACCAUGCUCGGAUAUAAUGCAAAUGCUUUGUAUUGAAUAUACUUCUUACACGAUAAACUAAAUAAAUUCAUCGGAAAAAGAAGAUUCUCACCUUUGAAAAAACUUAAGCAAUUUUUCAGCAAAUAAAAUAACGAAAGCCUACUGUAUAUAAAUAGCCACAGCAGCAGGUAAAGAGUUAACAUAUAUUGGUAGGACUAGUUGAUAAGAAAACACAAUUCCUUCAGCAGUUAUAUAUCGAGCUUGCAUCCGUGUGUACAUAGACAGAGACAAUAUUGUUGUAGUUAGUUUGUGCGUGAAUUUUAUUAUACGUCGUUAAUAAGAACAAUAACAACUGUCGGUUUGGUUACAAGAUCGAAAGCCCGAAAACCCGGAUUGUUGGCUUGUUAACUAAUAUUUAAUAAAUUCGAACUGCUUUAUCAACAUAAUCAAGAGAACGGAAAUAAAUAAUACAGCACACACAGUUUGAUUAGUAAAUCUUUUUGCGAUUCAGUUUGGAUGGCUCGCAGUUCCAUUUUUUACAAUUUUUCUUUAUGUAUCUUUAAACGUUGAAAUGUUAAAUCAAGAGAGAUGAAGCUCGCCGUAUGCUUUCAAAUUGAUAUAUCUUGUUCUGUAUUUAUUGUAAUUCAAAAAUACAAUGUUGGUUUUGGGAUUUCAAACCUUUCAAAUGAAAAUUUGAACUUUGAGCUCGAUACGGAACUUCUGCACAGGCUGCGUUCAAUCUCAUCGGCUGCUUUUUCUCAGUGUCUGGCCAUUGAAGUAGCAUUUUCCCACUCUUCUUAUUGAAUGACUGGACAUUUCGAUUUGGCGGACAGUCCGAACAGUUUGGUUGGUUAAUCUCUUGAUCAAUGAUGUUUACUUCGUUCUCGCGAUACCACUGUUGCGCAUCUUUAUUUAUUAAUUCCUCCUCCGUCUUCGCCACGAAAUUGUUGGAGUAGACCCUUCGCUUCAGAUUUGCCCUGAAAUUGUCAAUGGACCGCAGCUGGGGGACGUUCGGAGGGUUGGCGGUCUCCUAAACAACAUCUAUCUUCAAGCGGUUAAUCUCCUACGGCGCCUUACUCACGUGAUGGGCAGAGGCCAGGUUCGGCCAAAACACCACAUUCUCUUUUUGAUGAAGGAGGCAACUUCCGACAGGCACCUUCUACUGUAAAUCUCCCUGUUCACCGCAAGUCCCGAACGAAAGAAAGGCUGCCUUGAUAUCCUCUUUUCGCUGAUAGUUAGCCACACAAGGGUAGGGAGCUUGGGAGCUUGGUAUGGGGACUUUACUUCACGUAAUUUACCUUCUUCGUGGGGGACGUAAAGCAGCAGUCGUUGCCAUCCGGCGUUAAAAUAAGUCUCGUUGACCAUGGCGUCCACUUCACCGGAGAAAAAUCAUUCUCCAUCACUUUCAAUCUUUGUUUCUGGGUCCUAGAUUGUCGUUCCGACAUGGCUGGUGUAAGCGUGCGGCGAAGCAGCAAACUCGGUUGCGCGAAGGAAUCAACCGUAAUGAAUCUGGCUUGCACGUUAUCGAUUUGAAGUAGAGUGUUGAGUGAAAUUAUUCAAGAAUAAACUGAAUAAACCGCCUCCGCACUUGUUCCCAACGGAACGCGUAACGAACGGAAGUGUAUCAGAAAUAUUCCUUAUUAAUAAAUUGAACUAACUGCCUUCGCACUUAUUCCAUACGGAACGCGUAACGAACGGGACUUAGACAAUCUAUCGAUUUUAUCCCUUCGACAAGUUGAUUCAACUGCCUCCGCACUUAUUCCAUACGGAAUGCGUGACGAACAGAAGUUGAACAGUUUGCCGACGUCUACUACUCGGGAGGAUCAACGAGAACAAGAUCUUCACGAACUCCGCGCGCAAAUUAUACAAUUAUUGCAACGGACGUUGGAAGUCUGGAUGCUGCUGAUCUCUCGUUAGCAGACUGAAGACUGUGAUAUAUUUCAAGGACCAACACUUGGUCUUAGUUUCGCUUAAAACUACUUAUGGCUGCGGAAGGCAGCCUCAAACUACUUCCUUUAUUCAGAUAUGGUCGAGUUUUUAUACAAGAUUUUUGCUGACAUGAUAUAUCUUAAAUCUAGGUCAAAUAUCGGGAAUGAAGGAGAAAAUUCUAUUCUCAUAUAGUAAAGUUCUAUGCGUCACUCGGUCAAGAAUUCAGAGCGUAUAUCGAAUGAAUGAUCCUUUGUUUUAGUUCCAGCCACAGCCGGCCGUUGGUUUUAUGAUCGAUCGCGCGUUCGCUUAUUUUAUGGUUUGUUUUGGUUCUAUGUUAAGCGGGCGCCCCGUGACCUUCUAAACUAUAAAUGCUAUAGCUGAGCCAAACACAUGCUCGCUUCAAGCGAUAAAACCUAAACGCUAACUGUUCCAGAAGCUAUAAAGUGGCAAUGAAUGAAAAUAGUGAAUGACGCGUGAUUCUAAUCUUGACCUUGAUUUUCUACUACUCUCAUUGGAAUAACAAAUUCUGUCGAUUUCUUACAGCUGGUCUUGACUUACAUUCCCGCACGAUGAUAUUUUACCACUAUCUGGCUCGUUGCUCUGAUCCGCAACGAUGUAGCCACAUUUCCCUCCGUUUUCUGCUUUAGCUUCAGCCGCAAUUCACGAGCUCGUAGCACCGUCGGACGGCCGUAACCAGGCUUCCGUUCAAUGAUCUUAUUCUGCUCCAGAAGUGUAAGGUUAUUAUACAUACCGGCAUGGGUGUACCCGGCGGACUCAAAGUACUUGACGAGGUCCUCUUUCUUCGCAACGAGAUGAAAGUCCCAGUACUAGGGAUACCAUCCGGUCGGAGUUGAAAAUCAGGACACCUGUCACAGUUGCGAUUAUGACCAAGCCAUUGUGAUUCUUUUGGAUAUCUAAAUAAAUAAGAAUGGAAGGCCAAAUGUGUUGGUAAACGCAAAACCCGAAGAAGGGAUGGCUCGAUUUGAGCCGUCUUUAUUUUGUUGUAUUCGUCUCUUUGCGUAGAUCAAUAUAGCGGAGAGAAAAAUUGAAAAAAAAUUUGGAAAGCUCCUAAGGAAGGUCGGAAAAUUGAAUUCGCAUAUGUUCUACAACUAUAUCAUGAUAAGCGUUGUUAAUCCAUUUGAUGUUUGCGCUAACGAAAAUGGAAGCCCAAAUGUGUUGGUAAGCGCAAAACUCGAAGAAGGGAUGCUCCGAUAUGAGUGGUCUUUAUUUUGUUGUAUACCCAUACCUCGCUAUACGGCCGCUCUCUAUACGGCAUUUCGCUAUAACGGCUAUCUUCAAUUCAGGCACGUUUUCGAUUUACGGCCUAAAAUGUCUCGUUAUAACGGCAAAAAAAAAAUUAGGAUUGGUUCAAAAAUCAUUUUUGUACGGUAGUGAAAAAAAUA